AUGUCGAUGAAUUUGAGGAAGUCGAUGAAGCGAUCCUUCGGUGAAGGUGAUGCAUCAAAGAAGGCAGACGAAGAGAAGAAGAUGUCCAAAAUACUCCAGAAGUUUGAAGCUUCCUGCUCCAUCUUCAAUCCUCCAAGCGAAGCUGUGGAAGAUCUCAAGGAGAAGUUCAUCGAGUUUUCCUUGAAAGAAGAAUCCAUGAAAGAAGAGAAACCAUGGGCCGUUAUGAACCAUAGGAUCAACAAAGCGCAAGAGCUACUGACAAAGCUCCGUAAAGAUCACCCAGACACCAUUCACGACUGCUUGUUCGGUUGUAACGAGAAAGAGUUUUACCUCGCUGAUAUGAACGAUACGAAGAAAGCAAUUUCUUCCCUUAACGACGGCAACCACCAAGCCUCCACCUCUGAUCCCGCUACCACCGAUGAUGUGCCGGCCGUCACCGCCCCCACCGCAGCUGAUGAUGUUUUGGAAUGA